AAACCUCACAGCCUUUCACUAACAGCCUGUAGGAGCCUCUCCCUACUGCUGCAAGAGACACUGAGAGCCACCCACAGGACAACGAGAGACCAUGAAGAGCCUGAUCCUUCUCACUAUCCUGGCUGCCUUAGCGGUGGCAAUUUUGUGUUAUGAAUCUCAUGAAAGCAUGGAAUCCUAUGAAAUUGGUCCCUUCAUUAACAGAAGAAACGCUAAUACCUUUAUAUCCCCUCAGCAAAGAUGGAGAGCUAAAGCUCAAGAGAGGAUCCGAGAACGCUCCAAGCCUGCCUACGAGAUCAACCGAGAAGCCUGUGAUGACUUCAGACUUUGCGAACGCUAUGCCAUGGUUUAUGGAUACAAUGCUGCCUACAACCGUUAUUUUAGGGAGCGUCGAGGGGCCAAAUGAGAUUGGAAAAAAGUCUGUUUUGUUUUGUUUUUUCUUUCUGGAGGCUAGCGCCUGGGUCUGUAUCCCCUUGCAGGAGCAUUACUGAGAUACGCAUGUAGACACAUAGACAAUGCUUGUUUCCUACACAGUCUCCUGUCUGGCUGAACCCUUCCUUCUGCCCAUAAAUUGCUAAGUAAUCAAAGCACAGUGCAGUGAAGGUCAAGGAGAGUUGAGAUAUAUGAUUGUUACAUAAUAAACUUUUGGUUUGAUACUUUCA